GUAGGCAGUUAUUCCGCUGGGAUAGCGCGGCCGGAGCGCGGCGGCGGCAUGGCCGGGGUCCCGAUCUGCGCCCUCCUCCCACUCCUCGUCGGCGUCUGCGGCGCCGUCACCGGCUCGCGGGUCUAUCCCGCCAACGAAGUUACCUUGCUGGAUUCCAGAUCAGUUCAGGGAGAGCUGGGGUGGAUAGCAAGUCCCCUGGAAGGAGGGUGGGAGGAAGUGAGCAUCAUGGAUGAGAAGAACACUCCUAUCCGCACCUAUCAAGUCUGCAACGUGAUGGAGCCCAGUCAGAAUAAUUGGUUACGAACUGAUUGGAUUCCCCGUGAGGGGGCUCAGAGGGUUUAUAUCGAAAUCAAGUUCACGCUAAGGGACUGCAACAGCCUGCCUGGUGUCAUGGGAACUUGCAAAGAGACUUUCAACCUUUAUUACUACGAAUCAAACAACGAUAAAGAGCGUUUUAUUCGCGAGAGCCAGUUUGCCAAGAUCGACACCAUUGCUGCUGACGAGAGCUUCACCCAGGUGGACAUUGGUGACAGGAUCAUGAAGCUGAACACAGAGAUCCGGGAUGUGGGCCCGCUCAGCAAGAAGGGGUUUUAUUUGGCUUUCCAGGACGUGGGUGCCUGCAUUGCUUUGGUCUCAGUCCGUGUGUUCUACAAGAAGUGCCCGCUGACGGUUCGGAACCUGGCGCAGUUUCCAGACACCAUCACUGGGGCUGACACCUCCUCUCUGGUGGAGGUUCGCGGCUCCUGUGUCAACAACUCGGAGGAGAAGGAUGUGCCAAAAAUGUACUGUGGGGCAGAUGGCGAGUGGCUGGUGCCCAUUGGCAACUGCCUGUGCAACGCUGGCUACGAGGAGCGCAACGGAGAAUGCCAAGCUUGCAAAAUCGGAUACUACAAGGCUCUCUCGACAGAUGUGGCCUGUGCCAAGUGCCCUCCUCACAGCUACUCCAUCUGGGAAGGCUCCACGUCCUGCACCUGCGACCGCGGCUUCUUCCGCGCGGAAAACGACGCUGCCUCCAUGCCCUGCACGCGCCCUCCAUCUGCUCCCCAGCACCUGAUUUCCAACGUGAAUGAGACCUCAGUGAACCUGGAGUGGAGCCCCCCCCAGAACAGAGGUGGCCGUGAGGACAUCUCCUACAACGUGGUGUGCAAGAGGUGCGGGGCGGGCGAGCCCAGCCGCUGCCGCUCCUGUGGCAGCGGGGUGCACUUCAGCCCCCAGCAGAACGGCCUGAAAACCACCAAGGUCUCCAUCACCGACCUCCUGGCACACACCAACUACACCUUUGAGGUCUGGGCCGUGAAUGGAGUGUCCAGGCAAAACCCCAGCCAGGACCAGGCUGUGUCAGUCACGGUGACAACUAACCAAGCAGCUCCAUCCCCGAUUGCAUUGAUCCAGGCGAAGGAGAUAACAAGGCACAGCGUUGCCUUGGCUUGGCUGGAGCCUGACAGGCCAAAUGGAGUCAUCCUGGAGUAUGAGGUCAAAUACUAUGAAAAGGACCAGAACGAGCGCAGCUAUCGCAUCGUGAAGACGGCCUCCAGGAACACAGACAUCAAGGGGCUCAACCCCCUGACCUCGUACGUGUUCCACGUGCGCGCCAGGACAGCGGCGGGGUACGGAGACUUCAGCGGGCCCUUCGAGUUCACCACCAACACAGUUCCUUCCCCCAUCAUUGGCGAUGGUACCAAUCCCACAGUGCUUCUUGUUUCGGUGGCUGGCAGUGUUGUCCUUGUGGUCAUUCUCAUUGCAGCCUUUGUCAUCAGCAGGAGGCGCAGUAAGUACAGCAAGGCAAAGCAGGAGGCAGAUGAGGAGAAGCACUUGAACCAAGGUGUUAGAACAUAUGUGGAUCCUUUUACAUAUGAGGAUCCAAACCAAGCUGUGAGGGAAUUUGCCAAAGAAAUUGAUGCCUCCUGCAUAAAGAUUGAAAAAGUUAUUGGUGUGGGGGAGUUUGGUGAAGUGUGCAGUGGACGCCUCAAAGUGCCAGGGAAAAGAGAGAUCUGUGUUGCUAUCAAGACUCUGAAAGCUGGUUACACUGAUAAACAAAGGAGAGACUUUCUGAGUGAGGCCAGUAUCAUGGGACAAUUUGACCACCCCAAUAUCAUCCACUUGGAAGGUGUUGUUACUAAAUGUAAACCAGUAAUGAUUAUAACUGAGUACAUGGAGAAUGGCUCCUUGGAUGCCUUCCUCAGGAAGAAUGACGGCAGAUUCACAGUGAUCCAGUUGGUGGGGAUGCUGCGUGGCAUUGGCUCGGGGAUGAAGUACCUGUCUGACAUGAGCUACGUGCACCGGGAUCUGGCUGCUCGCAACAUCCUGGUCAACAGCAACCUGGUGUGCAAGGUGUCCGAUUUCGGCAUGUCCCGCGUCCUGGAGGACGACCCCGAGGCAGCCUACACCACACGGGGUGGCAAGAUCCCCAUCAGGUGGACGGCUCCCGAGGCCAUCGCCUACCGCAAGUUCACCUCGGCCAGCGACGUCUGGAGCUACGGCAUCGUCAUGUGGGAGGUGAUGUCCUACGGGGAGAGGCCCUACUGGGACAUGUCCAACCAAGAUGUGAUCAAAGCCAUCGAGGAAGGGUACCGGCUGCCCCCGCCCAUGGACUGCCCCAUCGCCCUGCACCAGCUGAUGCUGGACUGCUGGCAGAAGGAGCGCAGCGACCGGCCCAAGUUCGGCCAGAUCGUCAACAUGCUGGACAAGCUGAUCCGCAACCCCAACAGCCUCAAGAGGACAGGCAGCAAGGGCUCCAGACCUAGCACAGCCCUGCUGGAUCCCAGCUCCCCUGAGUUCUCGGCGGUUGUUUCUGUCAGUGACUGGCUCCAAGCCAUGAAAAUGGAGCGAUACAAGGAUAACUUCACAGCUGCUGGCUAUACCACCCUAGAGGCUGUGGUGCAUAUGAACCAGGAGGACCUGGCCAGGAUCGGGAUCACCGCCCUGGCGCACCAGAACAAGAUCCUGAGCAGCGUCCAAGCGAUGCGCACCCAAAUGCAACAGAUGCACGGCAGGAUGGUUCCCGUCUGAGCCAGCACUGAAUAAACUCAAAACUCUUGAAAUUAGUUUACCUCAUCCAUGCACUUUAAUUGAAGAACUGCACUUUUUUUACUUCGUCUCCUCGCCCGUCGAAAUAAAGAUCUGCAGCAUUGCUUGAUGUACAGAUUGCGGAACCCGAGCGCGUGUGCUGGGAGGGGGCUCCAGAAAUGACAAGCCGUCAUUUGAAACCAGACCUGGAACAAAUUGUUUCUUGGAACAUACUUCUCUGUUGAUCAAUGAUAUGUAAAAUACAUGUAUCUAUAUAAAUAUAAAGUCACAUUCAAGUUUUGAUGCUAUGUUUGCUGCCAGAUACUGUGCUUAAAAAACAACAGCAUUACUUUCCUUCUCCCUGUGACCUGUAGGAUUACAACCAUAGUGUUUUAUUUGUGGGUGAAACCACCGUUGUGUACCUUUCACUGGAAUGAAGAACCUGCCCUAGGAUAUUCUUUGCAGACUUGAUGCAUCACUAACACCUUGCAGAAACCUCAGUGAGAAUAUCAUGUGGCUAAUCAGUGCCUGCCAAUUAGUGAUCUGCCCAUUUAUGGGCUUGAGACAUGAAGUGACCCAGCUUGUGGAUUACUGGGCAAAACUGGACUUCUGGGGAGGUUCUUGGCUGUUGUGCCGUGCUGAAGCCUACCAUUGAAAGACUUUUGUGACCAUCUUGCCAGUAAUCAGCUGUGACAAUCGUGGCUGUGGAGCUUUCAGACUUCUUUCCUCUUUCAAGAAACUUACUCCCUUUGCCUCACAGAAGGGAAAUGGAUUUUGCUUUCACAGCCUCGUAGCCCGUCCUGUUGAUCACAUUGACCAUGGAGGAGCACAGACUAGACAUGAAGCCUCCUGGGCCUACAGUUGUCUUCCACAGCACUGAUUCUGGAGAACACAUGCUGAACAGUCGUCAGUCCCUGAAGAGAGUGUGACUUUUGCUUCCUCUUUUUUUUUUUUUUUUUCCUGGGCCACCCACUCUGUUGUUUUUCUCCACUGAGCGAGAACUGACUCGUUAAGACUCAGCACCCACUUGUCACUUGAGGAAUGUACUGUGUCAAGGCCCUGCAGACUUCUGGAUUUUGGUUUUCCUCCUCUUCUGCUUUCUCUGCUUACCUUUGGUUUUAUUUAUAUAUUUUGUUGUUGUCUCUCCUCCUUCCCCUGACUGUCACCGCUGCAUCCCGGACAAAUGAAGGUGACAGAGCACUCCACAUCUUACCAUGGACACCAGGCCAGGUGCCACAGCAAAGAACCCAGUUCCUGUGAGCUGCCUGUGUACAUUGCUGAAGUGACAUUUCACACAAAAGGUGCCAUUGCAGUGAUAUGAAUAUAUUUUUUUCCUUGAAUGGAUAAUGGAUUAUUAUCUCCUCCGAAAGGUGCGUACGUGUGCUCGUGUGCGUGUUGGUGUGCAAGUCACCUCGUGUACAACUGCCUGUGAAUGUGCCCCAAACACCUCUGGAAGAGCAGGAGGCCCCUGUCCUGUGAGACCAGGCCAGGAGCUCAUGUCUGAAAUGACAGCAAGAACACACACAUUAAGAAGUGUUGAAAUUCCUGUAUAAGUGUAUUUUUUAGCUGCCACAUGAACGUUGUUGAGUAGUUCUGCAGCCUGAAAACAGGGGCAAUUUUGGGUCAGUUUUGGAGCAAUGGAUUGCAGGAUCUAAAGGGUGCUAAAAUGGUUUUUGUUAAGUGUUUAUUCGUACUAGUGCCCUGCUCAUGACCAAGAACAACCAGUUUCUCAGUGGCAAGGUGGUGGAGGCAACACCUGCAUCUCCAUCCACUGGUAAUCCUGAACUGAAUUCUUACGUAGCCUUUUUUAUCUGCAAAAAUAGGAUUUUAAAGACUUGUUGAAUGCUAACAAAUAUAUGCAGUUCUUCCAUUCACAGAAGCACCUUGCUCUGUGUACAACCUAAUAAUCAGAACACUUCCCUGGUUCCCAGCACAGAUAAGGAA